AUGGCCUCCAAACUCCUCGCCCCUUCCCUGCGCGCUUUCCGCCAAACCUCACCCCUCCCACCUCUCCGCCCCUCCCGACCGUUCCGAUCCUCAGCUCGCCUGCAAGACGCGACCGCGACCGCUCUGCCCGUGCGGAAGCCCGUCGGUGCUUUCAGAGGAGGGAUGUUCGGCUUCCUGCUCGGGUCCACGCUCGCGGGCGCGGGGACCUAUUACUACAUCCUGGAGGAGUACAAGGUGUCGAACGAGCUGCUCACGGAGGAUAUCUAUGCUCUUCAAGCGGCGGUGCAGAAGAUCCAUGCGUAUGUCGCGACGCUGGAGGACAAGAUGGAGGCGAUGGAGAAGAAAAAGAAGUGA